CUUCGAGACCUCAAGACGAGCUACAGCGUUACUUAAAAUGCGCGCGCACUGUAUGACUCAUUCUGGAAUCUUAUUAGUCAUUCCAGCCACUCUUUGAGAUCGUUCUUUUGUUAUUCUUGUGUGUAAAAAAAUCUUCUUCAAAUUGUGAACUUCUUGUGUCUUCCCAUGUGAAAAAGAUAAAGCAACAGUGAAAAAUCCCAUCAACAAAUCAUCUUAUGAAAUAUUGCAGUGAAAAGUGCAUUUGAAUACAACACCCCGCGAAAUAGGUGAACCAUUUGGUGAAUUGGAACGGAGGAGUUUGUGUACAGUGCACAGGAAAUACAUAAUUUAGUGAAGUGAUUGACCUCUGUGUGGUCCAUUUGGGUGUCAAUUCUCACUCGCAGCCCAACGCGGAGUUGAUCAACAAGUUGGCAGAGAAAACAGGAUUUCCCGCAGUAAGGAGAAUUCUAUGCAUGUGUCGGACAAUAUGGAAGGAAGUAUUUACAGCAACCGCAAGAGUGGCAUACCGAAGCCCACAAAGUUCAGAAGCUCUCAAUGUACGUCCCCAGUGGAGAACGGAAAUAGCAGUUUCCUCUACGGAAGCGUCAACCACUUGCCAGGUAGUCUAACCAAAAGCAAUUCAUCAUCACCCAGCCCCACGGAAGAAAUGAGUCGCUCCCGAUGGAAUUUGUCCAGCAGAAGUACAGAUUAUUUGCAAAAGAUUGUGGAGUUGGAGAGACAAAAUCAGAAAAUGUCCGAAGAGAAUGUCAAGUUCAAGGCACAAAUUGCAAGUCUCGGUAGUCAAUUAAGUGACACAAAGGGACUCUUUGAGAAGGAACAAAUGACAAGGAAGACCUUCGAAGCCAUCCAGAAUGAACAAAAACAGAUUAUUAAAACUUUGAAAGCAAACGUCGCGAAAAGAGACGCGGAAUUCCAACAGUUAAUGGAGAAGAACGGGAAAAUUCGCACAAAACUCAACGAACUUCUGCCUGAGGAGAACUUUUUCGAGGACAGUGAUCACGCAAUUCUCAAUGGCACGUCCGAUAGCUUGCCAGAACCAUCAAUUGCUGAUUGCAUGGAAAAGAUGGUGAAUGAAAUUGGCAAAUUAAAGGCCUACAUUAGCAAAAUAGAACUCCAACAGUACGAGACUGAUGAGAAAAUCUCAGAUUUAAUUGAAAAUAAAUUGCAGCUUGAGAGAGAAAAUGCCGCACUGAAGGUGGAAAAUGCAAAUAUGACAACGCUCGCGAAGCUUGUUACGGAAAAUAUGCAAGAAAGUCUUGACACAAGCAAAAAAAUGGAAUACACAAUUCGUCAAAUGAGAGCGGAGAAGGAUAAAUUGCUGAAGGGCUCGCAGCGAGAUAUUCCUGAUAUGGUUUAUCCACCACCCCGAAAAUCCCUGCCGCAGAACAAUGUCGUUCAAAUCCGCCCCGAACCAGAGCGACCCAUCCCCGUGCCACCGAAGAGAAUCACAGAAAUGCAUGAAAGCAAGGUAGCUGGGGAAGGUGAUGGAGGCGAUGAUGUAAAAGAAUGUGAUAGAGCAGAUGAACUCCCUGAGGAUGUUAUUGAGAGAAUUCGUAUGCUUGAGAUUAAGCUCGAAAUUGCCGAGAGGGAGCUUACUCAUGCACUCAGUCGCGCUGAGCAAGCUGAGACGGCUCUGGAGGAGCUGAAGAAGAAGGAAUCUGACUCCAUGGUACACAACCCACCACCCCCACCUCCCAUCCCACCCCCACUGCCGCUACCACUAACCAUGACUAAUACACCGAGAGUGAAUAGUGUGGUGAAAAUAAAGUCCCUCCGUGAUGGCAUUAUUGAAAGAAAUGACUCAAGGGUGGCAAGGGCCCCAGCAUCCAAGCAGAAUCUGGGACAAUCAACAGGUAUGGAUGCUCUAAUUUCGGAACUGAGAGACGGUAGGGUGACGCUGAGAAGACGACGACCAACAGAUACUGGAAAUCCCGCAUUAAAGGAACUCUUUGACACACUCGAGAGGGUUCAAAAACAAAAUCGUAGCUCUAAAACAUUAAUGGAAAUCAAUCAGAAAGAAUUGAGGAAUAUGACACGUACAACGAGUGAAAGAUUCUAAUUAGUUCACUUAAAAAAAAAGACAUUUUUUUUUUUGAAAAUUAGAUAAGACUUUAUUGCCGAUCAUUAUUAUGUCUCAUAAGUAUUGUUUUUUCAUCUUAAUUAUUAAUUUUUAGGCAAUAUAUUUCUUACUAUUGACAAUCUUUGGCUUUCAAUCCAUUAAUAAUUUACAUGUUAAUUUAUAAAAUAUAAGGAUUUUUCCCACGAUAAAUCUACUAAAAGUUUUUUUUUUUUUGAAGUUUUCCUUUCAUGAUCGAAUAAUGGAUUUUUCCCAUAAUUAUUUUAUUUUAUGUACUCUUUUGUUUACAUAGGCCUAAAGAGAAAAUACUCUUUGAUAAAUAUUCAAAUUCUGAAUACAUACGCCACUCAUUUUUUUUUGUUAAUUUAUUGUGAAAGUCGCAAAAGUUUUGAAUAAAUAUUUCAAAAGUUAUAGAAACAAAA